GAUUUUGAACUCUAAAGCCGACGCUCGCAUCGUCUUUUCUUUGACCAGCCAGGCCCCGAGCUCAACAGCGCCACACACGCGGCUCCCCUGUCUGCUCUUCUCUCCGACUUUCACGAGGACUGUACUUUUUUGUCUCCUUAUUUCCCAUUCAUUCUCUCGCCCCGGCUCGGCAAUCAAACAUUCGCUUGCAAUAACUCAGAGCGGAUUUGGCUGGCGGAGUGGAGUGGAGUGGAGUGCGCUGGACCUGACAAGACCUGCCAGUGUCGAUUUGAUCGUAACGAGGAAAUUUGUUGCAGCCCGAUGUGAUUUGGAGAGGUGGAUUGAUGAGAAGUUGAAUUGGGGCGAUUGGUAAUUUUGCAUUUAGUGUGCGGUCGAGGGAGAAUCUGGUGGAGUGAGGAUUAAGAGACGGACGGACGGACGGGGGGUUUUUCGUGGAUCGUCGUCGUCGUGGUUUCGUAGAGGGCGAAGAUGGAAGCUGCGAUGGAUUUGAUGAGGCGAAUGCCUCCUUGUGAAUCCGAGAAGGCCUUGCAGUCGCUCGUGCAGCUUCUUCCUCAUCUUUCGCAAGAUCUCCUUUCGCGCGUCGAUCAGCCUUUGCAGGUGGCAACGGAUGAGGAAACUCAGAAGGACUUUCUUUUGUGUGACUAUAAUCGUGACGGAGACUCCCACAGGUCUCCAUGGUCCAGUUUGUAUUAUCCCCCUCUUGAAGACGGAACGCAACCCUCCAAGGAUCUUCGACAGAUGGAGAUCGAAGCAAACGCCGUAUUUGCUAUAUAUCGUGACCAGUAUUACGAAGGUGGCAUCUCUUCAGUAUACAUGUGGGAACCCGAGGAGGGUGACGGCUUUGCAGCCUGUUUUCUUAUAAAGAAAGAUGGAUCAGAAGGAGCAGAUGGUCGUAGAGGACUCCUUCAACAUGGAGUUUGGGAUGCCAUCCACGUCAUUGAGGUGGGAGAAGUAGAUGAAAACGGCCAAGCUCACUAUUGUCUCACGAGUACAGUGAUGCUGGCCUUAAGAAGUGAAAAUAAAGUGUCAGGAACUUUUAGUAUGUCAGGAUCAAUUACACGUCAGAUGGAAGACACUUUAGACGUAACAGACGGACAUAUAACCAACAUGGGGCGAAUGAUUGAAGAGAUGGAAAGCAAAUUGCGAAAUGGGCUCGAUCAGGUCUAUUUUGGUAAAACAAAGGAAGUCGUUUCCACUCUGCGGGAGCCUUUGGGAAUGAUGAGUGCUUCUUCGUUUACGGGCCAGAGCAUUCAAAGCAAUAUUAUCAACGAUAUGCUCAGAAGGGGAAUGUAAUCAACAUGUUCUUCAGGUCUGUAGGUACUGGAGGAACUUUUUUGCCAGCACCCUGCUGUUAUGCCAGACGUUGGGAGCGUGGUGUAUGCCAGUGGUAUCCACAUGAUUGUCAACUCGCAAGCGCUUAAUCAUUACGAGUGCUGCUGCAUGGCCGGAAUUGCACAGUACGUACUGCGUGAGGCUGGUGGUCUUGGUGGAUAUCGCGGUUUCCUCGUCUAGGUGGGGACAGUAAAUAUAUUUGUGGUGUGAAGAUGUACAGUGUGUAGGGUUUACUGCCUAAGUAACGAAAGAAAAGACACAAUUUUGAAUUCUAGACUGGAGGUCUGAUACCACUUGACAGGUCUCCUGAGCGGAUUGCUGCAAAUCUCAACAGAUACGACUUCUGCAACAGUAUUGGCUUCAAGUGUUUGCAAUACGUUGCUCCAAUUACAGUGGGUGAGGAUUGUAGCCAUGAGCUUCUAAGUUCUCCAGUAAAAUCAUGUACAAGUUUGGGAGAUCACUAAAUAGUCUGAUUAGAUACAUUACACGCUGGCGUGUACUUUGAUUCCCCUUUUGCUGAAAGUUCGGAAGCUUAUGCGAAGCUUGCGCUUGGUGAGAGGCCCACCAGAUCUUUUGGAGGAGUCUAUUCAUUCUGAUCGGUUCGUGAGGUUCAUGGAAGAGUAUAGUCCUUGACUUCUCCACGUUGAGAUGGGAAAGCUUGGUACAAGGUACGAGCAUGCUUAUUUACUAAAACUGAUUUUGCUGACCCCAAAAGAAGGUCCGCAAUUUGAGAUCAGGUGUUGUAGUACCACGUCUGCUUUUUUUCACGGUAAGUCUUUCUGAAAAAUAGGUCCUUAAGUUAGAACACUUGGAAGAAGACUUUAAGGUCAGCGUCGGGUUGCUACUUCUACUGAGCUAGCCACAGGGUGCAACCUUGGGCUGGGGAUUCUUGGUUGUGCUGCUUUAAAACUUGUCGUGUAAUAUACGUGAAAGAAAGUCAAUCUCUGCCAUACGAGCAAUGUGGACAUGGUGUGUACACACUUUGUGAAUGCUUUUCUGCAUUGGGGAUCCAUAGAAUUGGACUUACUUCAAAAUCAUCCUUGCACUUCUGAAGACAUUAUUUCCAAUCUGGCCGUGAUGGAUGCAGUGGACGAAGGAUUUGAAUUUUUGUAUCGGACUAACAAAAGGCCACUCACUUGGUAUGAAGGUUCACAGCACACAAUUUUUUCUGCACAGCAAGAAAGUGGAACAGAUGUGUAAGUUAUUGAGUAUAUCCAUCUGUGUAUGAUCGUUGGCUUGCACGAGAUUCAUGGACUUGGAAUGAUGUUCUCACUUGUUUUGAAUAUGUACAUCGUAUUUGUAGAGUUUGUACUGA